AUGGACUGGGGGACCCUGCACGCCUUCCUCGGGGGCGUGAACAAGCACUCCACCAGCAUCGGGAAGAUCUGGCUCACCGUCCUCUUCAUCUUCCGCGUCAUGAUCCUCGUGGUGGCCGCGAAGGAGGUGUGGGGUGACGAGCAGGAAGACUUCGUGUGCAACACGCUGCAGCCGGGCUGCAAGAACGUCUGCUACGACCACUUCUUCCCGGUGUCCCACAUCCGGCUCUGGGCGCUGCAGCUCAUCUUCGUGUCCACGCCCGCCCUGCUGGUGGCCAUGCACGUGGCCUACCACAGGCAGGAGGCGGCCCGCAGGUUUCGGCGAGGAGAGAAGAGAAACGAGUUCAAGGACCUGGAGGACAUUAAGAGGCAGAAGGUCCGCAUCGAGGGCGCCCUGUGGUGGACCUACACCAGCAGCAUCUUCUUCCGGAUCGUCUUCGAGGCCGCCUUCAUGUACGUCUUCUACUUCCUGUACAACGGGUACCACCUGCCCUGGGUGCUCAAGUGCGGCAUCGACCCCUGCCCCAACCUCGUGGACUGCUUCAUCUCCAGGCCCACGGAGAAGACCGUCUUCACCAUCUUUAUGAUCUCCGCGUCUGUGAUCUGCGUGCUGCUGAACGUGGCCGAGCUGUGCUACCUGCUGCUGAGGGUGUGUUUCCACAAGUCGAGGAGCACACAGAGGCAGCGGGACCACCCCAACCACGCCCUGACGGAGCGCAAGCAGAACGAAGUGAACGAGCUCAUCUCCGACAGCGGCCCAAACGCCGUCCCUGGUUUUCCGAGUUAGACGCUUCGGGGCGCGGCGA